GCCAGCAAUGGCAUGGCCUUAGCCAACCCACUGCUGGGAGGACAAAACUCUGGCAUCACCACAAUGAUGCAAGUUGCACAAGGAAUGCCCAACUAUGUCAUGGAGGACUCUCGCGGCUUUGCUCUAAGCUGUGUGGUGCCGAACCGCCUG